AUGAAGUACUCCGCUGUCGCUCUCCUUGCUGCCCUGACUGCCUACGCUCAGGCCCAGUCUGUCGAUAUCCCUGGCGCUGACGAUGUUUCUUCUAUCAUCGGCGACGUCUCUUCCCGUAUUGACGACGCUUCCUCCAUCGUCGAGGAUGUUUCCACCCGAGUUGAAGGCGAGGUCUCUUCUCGCAUCAGCGAUGUCACUGGUGCUACCACCACUAUGACCGACGCUUCUACCGUUACCGAGUCCUCUGGAACCGCUUCUGCUGAGACCGAGAGCGAGACUGGAUCCGAGACCGUCGACACCAGCGCUCUCGCCAGCGUUACCUCGGCCCUUGCCGAGGCCUCCGAGUCUGUCCAGGACAAGCUCGACUCCCUCAGCUCCGCCGCCGAGACUGCCACUGGUACCGCCAGCGAGGCUAUUGAGGAUCAGAUCGCCUCUCUCACCUCCAAGGCUGGUGCUAUCGAGAGCAGUGCUGGUGCCGCUGCCAGCAGCGCUACUGACGACAAUGCCGGUGCCAUGCCCACCGCUGCUGUCGCUAUGGGUGCUCUCAUGGGUGGUGCUGCUCUCUUCGUCAACAUGUAA